AUGCAGCAACGUGAUUGGGCUCGCAGCUGCUUGCCUCGGAAACCUGUUAUCGGCGUGCUGCCUUGGCAGCCAUGUGACUGGUGCCCGUACUCGCAGAUCAAGAUGUCGCGCGGAACACUUUUGAAGGUCACCCAGGCGUGGAGUGGUAACCAAGCAUGCUGUGCAGAUGCACAACUGGCAGACAUCAUCACAGGCGAUGACUUUCCCAAACCCUGCGAGCCGCGUGGAGUGGUAGGAAGUCGUGCCCAGAUUGUGUCAUUUUCUGUGGCUUCCAUGGUAGCAGGUGCUGCGCAUGCGCUGGGAAAAGCUCUCUGCUGA